UGAGAGGCGGCGGUAGUGGUGGCGGCAGCAGCAGUAGUGUCAAUAAUACAAUAGGGCUCUUGUACCGCCGCCUGGCCUGCCAAGAGGGAGACUGCAAGGACAAGGGCCCGCUUCCCCCAGAGCGCCAGAGGGAAGAGGGGUCAAGCAGGCGGCAUGUUGCUGGGCCCUAGUCAGGACGGGCAGGCCCCGGGGCAGCGCCGCGCCGACUGAAGGAGGACACCGAUGAGCGACUCCAGAUAGCAGCAGCCCCAGCAAGACCCGAGUUCCAGGCCUGGCGGAGCGUAAACCGUGGUCGCCGCCCGCCCCAGAGCCACAAGGAUGCGUCAGGAUGAAACGCCACAGGCAUCUAAGCAGCAGUGACAGUUCAGACAAUGAAAGUCCUUCUACUUCUUUCUCCUUUUGUUCUAAAUACAGAAGCAAAUCAAAAACACCAACAAAUGAACAAAAGAGGCCUGCUGAGGUGUUUCGAAAAGACCUCAUCAGUGCCAUGAAACUGCCAGACUCUCAUCAUAUUAACACAGAUGAAUAUUACUUGUUUGCAGAUUCAUGGAAACAAGAAUGGGAAAAGGGUGUGCAAGUCCCUGCAAGCCCAGAAAUGAUCCCCCAACCUUCUCUCAGAAUUGUAGCAGAAAAAGUAAAGCAAGUACUUUAUACACGACCCAGAAAGUACAUCCGUUGUUCAAGCCAAGAGUCUGCUGAACCUGGCUACAUCAACAUUUUAGAAUUGGCAGAAUCAAUGUGUCGAUAUGACUUGGAUGACAUGGACAUCAUCUGGCUUCAGGAAGUAAAUGAGGAACUUGCUGAAAUGGGAUAUGGGCAACUUGAUGAAAAUACCAUGGAGAAAAUGGUAGAAGUCCUGGAACGUCACUGUCAUGAGAAUAUGAACCAUGCCAUUGAAACAGAAGAAGGGCUUGGUAUAGAAUAUGAUGAAGAUGUAAUCUGUGAUGUAUGCCGAUCUCCUGAUAGUGAAGAUGGAAAUGAUAUGGUGUUUUGUGAUAAAUGUAACAUCUGUGUGCAUCAGGCUUGCUAUGGCAUCCUAAAGGUUCCUGAGGGGAGUUGGCUUUGCCGUACUUGUGUUUUAGGUAUACAUCCUCAGUGUCUCUUGUGUCCAAAGAGGGGUGGAGCUAUGAAAGCCACAAGAACGGGUACUAAGUGGGCACAUGUGAGUUGUGCUCUCUGGAUUCCAGAGGUAAGCAUUGCUUGUCCAGAAAGGAUGGAACCGAUUACAAAAGUGUCUCACAUCCCCCCAAGUAGAUGGGCUUUAGUUUGCAGUUUAUGCAAAGUGAAAACUGGUGCUUGUAUCCAAUGCUCUGUGAAGAGCUGUAUCACUGCCUUUCAUGUCACAUGUGCCUUUGAGCAUAGCUUAGAAAUGAAAACAAUCCUGGAUGAUGGUGAUGAAGUCAAGUUCAAGUCAUAUUGUCUAAAGCAUAGCAAAACCAAGCAAAAUUUGAUGUCUGAUACAGAGAACCUCAAGAACACAGUAGACCAGAAACAAUCCGAGAGGGAGAAAACCAGUUUGCGUGCCCAGAAACUUCAGGAACUGGAGGAAGAGUUCUACUCACUUGUGAGAAUAGAUGAUGUUGCAGCAGAACUGGGGCUUCCUAAGCUCACUGUGGACUUGACUUUUAAUUACUGGAAAUUAAAAAGGAAGAGUAACUUUAAUAAACCAUUAUUUCCUCCCAAGGAGGAUGAAGAAAAUGGCUUGGUUCAGCCAAAAGAAGAUAGCAUUCAUACUCGAAUGAGAAUGUUUAUGCAUUUAAGACAGGAUUUAGAGAGGGUAAGGAAUCUUUGCUACAUGGUAAGCAGAAGAGAAAAAAUAAAACUUUCUCAUAGCAAAGCACAUGAACAGGUCUUCAAUUUACAAGUCCAACUUAUUAAUCAGGAAAUUGCUGCAGGUCAUUCCUUAACAAGUGCACUAGACAAUACAUUGUUCUACCCUCCUCCUCGAAUCACUUUAAAAUUAAAAAUGCCAAAAUCAUUGGGCGAUUGCAAAAGCAACUUAAAAACUGGUACCAAAACAUUUUCUCCUGAUAACAAUGUCAUGAUUUAUAAUAAAAAAGGUAUUUCACUAUCCAAGGAAACGUUUAUUUCAAAUAUGAAGUCCUUCUCAAGAUUUCAGCAUGAAAACAGAAGCAAUGGCUUACUGGAAGGCAUUACAAAAGCUAGAAUUGUAACAAAGGAUUCUGGGUCUGAGAACUUAUCUGAACUUUUCCAUCCUGGGCAAUCAUCUGGCAAACCACUGGCACUUCAAGCUACAUUGCAUGGACAGUCUUCUGUUGGGAAUGGGAGAAUUCAACACAAUUCUAAAUUAGAAAAAUCUAAUGGCUUAAUGAGCAGAGUUAGAGAUAUCACUCAGCGAGACAGCUCCAGCCAAACAACAUACGAACAACAGUCUUUACUCUCAGCCCACCAGGCUAGCCAGAGUACCUUCAGAAAAUCCACCAUGGAACACUUUAGCAGGUCGUUCAAAGAAGCAACCAACAGUUUGGUGAGGACUACCGAAGAUCUCAGGUGUGAAAAACCAUCAAGAAGAUUUUCAGUAAGAGAGCGUCCGUGGGGCAAGCAGACUUUUGAAUAUCAAAUGGGGAGUGCCCCCUAUCAAGAAAAUGAUGGGUAUUGCCCUGAUCUGGAACUCAGUGAUUCUGAAGCAGAGAGUGAAGAGAAUAAAGGGCAGAUCAGACUGAGGAAAAGCAGCUCAGGCCGAGAAAGCCCAAAUAAAGACUUCAGUAGAGAUUGUCAAAAUAGAAAAAAAAGAAACUUAAUUUCUCAUAGUUCAGUGCAAAGGUGAUAGAAAUCCCUGAAAAUGAAAAUAGCUCAACUUUGUGGGUAUCUGAGUAAUGAUUAUAAACCUUGAGAAAUCUCCAAGUUAGAGUGCAGGGUCCACAAGCAAUUGACAAUAUUUCUCCAAACUACAAUGGUUUGCUCUUUUGAGGAGAUUGCUCCCUCCCCUCCCCCAACUAUUUUUUUUUUGGGGGGGGGGACACUCAAAAAGCUCUUUCAUCAUCCUUUGACAAUCUACAGUGACUAGAUAAUUCUUGUUGCAGCUGCAAUAGAUUCUCAUUUCAUGAAAACACUUCAAGCUCAGCUUUUCCAAGAAUUGUCACAUUUGAAAUAAUGUCUGCUGAAGUGUUUUCCUGAAUUGAGUCAUGUGACUACUAGAAAAAAAAUCAUGUUCUCAGUCAAUAUUAGAACAAAUUAUAUGAGCCUCUCCCUAGAAGUAGGACCGAUUUUAACUUAGUGGGGCUUACUUUCAAAUAAACAUUAUAUAUCAUCAGAAUAUAUCAUAUAUCCUCCUAAUCUAUUGAGGAAAGUUUAUAAACUCCACAGUUAAUGCUGCCAAACACACACUGACCUCUAGAUUUUUCCCAAUAGUAAAUGUCUAAAAUUUGUGUUCCUUUUCACUAUUAUAAAUUGCUGUAUUCUGUAAAUACCUUUUAACUUCUAGUAUUUUUAAAUUGUUUUUAAUCCCUUUGUACAUAGUAACUUGUUGUGCAUUGCACCUGUAAAAUAGGUUAUGCAGCCAGCCAAUAAAAAUGGCUGGUGUGUGGAUAAUGUUUAACACUAGAAGAACUUAAUUUCUUUAACAUAUUCAGGCAAUCACCGGUGAUGCCAAAUUUUCCCAUAUAUUCUUAAAACUUGAUUCCCUUCCCAACAUGUUAGUAUUUUUUGUAAGCUAACAAAUAUGUUCAGAUUUCUGAGCCAAAAUGUUUAAAAUCAGUUUAUGCAAACGUCUCUGUACAUUGAAUUCUAGGUUUAAAUAAUCAAAAAUCAUAAAGUAUUUUUGAUUCCCAAA